ACAAACCAAGUGGUUACAGUUUGGGGAUUACCAAUUGCGGAAUUGUCUUAAGGGAUAAACCAAAAGGGAUAAAGCCUCUCUGUGACCAGCCUCUCUGAGUUAAAACAGAAGAAUAACCUACAAGGAAAAGAAGGGGAAAGGCAAGGGGACGCAGAACUUGUGGAGAUCCAUCACUUGUAACAAAGUGGAAAAAGGUGACCAAAAACCCCACUUCUCAUCCUGGAAGCAGCAUGGAUAUGCAGUUUGUCUACGACCUUUUAGGGGAAAAUGCUUGGUCAUCCAUCAGUGCUACCUUUGUCGUGUUGUGGAUUAUUGUGUGGCUGUACCGAGACAGCCUGCAGAUUAAAGACAUCUCCAACAAGUAUGUUUUUGUGACCGGCUGCGACUCGGGCUUUGGAAACCUGCUAUGUAAGAAUCUCGACCGUAGGGGUUUCCAUGUGCUGGCUGGCUGUCUAACAGAAAAGGGAGCUGAUGACCUGAAAAGAGUGUCUGGGCCUUAUUUAAAGACUAUCCUGCUGGAUGUGACCAAUGAGGACAGCAUCCGGAAAGCCAUGGAGUGGACCAAGACUGAGGUUGGCGAUAAGGGACUUUGGGGUAUUGUGAACAAUGCUGGAUGCUCAUUACCCAUGGGUCCUUCCGAGUGGAUGAGAGUGGAGGAUUUCCAUAGGAUACUGAGAGUCAACAUGAAUGGAGUGAUUGCCAUGACGAUGACCUUCCUGCCUCUCAUCAAAAAGGCUCGCGGCCGUAUUGUGAAUGUGGCAUCAGUGCUGGGCAGGGUAGCUGCAAACGGUGGUGGAUACUGCAUCUCCAAGUUUGCAGUGGAGUCUUUCUCUGACUGCAUCCGGAGAGAUAUCAACUACUUUGGAAUCAAUGUGUGCAUCAUUGAGCCAGGCUUUUUCAAGACCGCAGUGACAAGCCUGGAACCCCUCGAGAAGGAGCUGCAUCGCCUGUGGAACCAGCUCAGCCCUGAAGUAAAAGCCAGCUAUGGAGACAAGUACCUUGAUAAAUACAUCAAGGUGCAGCGAUUGAUCAUGAACGCUGUCUGCGACACCGACCUCACCAAAGUGACCAGCUGCAUGGAGCACGCUCUGACUGCUGCCCACCCACGCACCAGAUACAGCCCCGGCUGGGACGCCAAGCUUCUCUGGAUCCCCCUCUCGUACAUGCCUGCCUGUGUCGUUGACAUCGGGCUGAAGCUGGUGCUGCCUCGUCCUUCAAUGAGCGUGUAACCCAUAAAAAAAAAUGUCUUUUAAAGUCCUCAGCCAUUAUUUUUGUUUCAUUUUGAUGCAGCACAGAGGUUGACUUAAAUAAAUAAUCUUUUGCCUUUCAAAACACCCAUAUUCCAUAUCUACAUUGGCCAUGCAGUGAUCUGAUGUUGCUGUUAUCAUACUCAUACAUGCAUAAUCUGCCAUGUGAAAGUAUUUAGGCAAUAUGAAAGAACAUUAUGAAACUGUAUUGUAUAAUGUACUGUUUAAUUUUUGUUUUGUUUGUUAACAUUGCCCUGUGCCUUUUAACACUGUUAUUUAUGUUGCUUGAUAUGGAUGAUGUUAACUCAGAGGCUAAAUAAACAGGGUUUCCCUAUGAAGAAACUCUCAGAAUGCAAUGCAGCAUAUCACAGACACAAAUGAAAUAAAUAGCUAAAAGCUUUACCAUGGAAAAAUGUCUACACACAACUGAUGGUUUCUUAAUUGUUUUGUUUUAUGUGAAAAACGAUGCAUGUAUGAAAACCUUUACAUGUU